AUGAAACUCUAUGAUUUUAUUUGUCUAUUUACUUGGCAUUGUGUAGGAAAUGAUUACGGUGGAAUUGGGAUAAACCUCGUGGUAACGUCGGGCGAGAUCGGGUUCUUCUAUUCGAUGCAUUUGGUAUUACAUGCUCUCACAAUAGAUCGUUUUAUCUUGGCUUUCUUGGGUGUCAGAACCCAUCGAUUCGCCCAAUAUCUGAUCUCGGUUUACAUGGCGGUGAUGUGCUUUCUGCCCCUGGCCCCGAUGUGGAUGAUGGUCGGAAAAAUCACCGAUCGAGACAAGGAAUGUUGGGGCGGCUUUUGGUUCGACCCAACCACCUUCAAAGCCACGCUCAACUUUUACCAAGACCCCGAGGCUGCCGAGCUAUUCAACCAGAUGCGGUCGGCAUCCGUCGUGGUUAUGAUGGGCACGAUUGCGCUGAACAUGGCCGCGUUUUGGCGCUUUAAAAUUAUGCUGGUCCUGACAAACGUAGCGUUUUUCUUUGACGUGCUGCUGGUGAAGAUCACCGACAAGGCAACGUUUUUCCGCAGGGAAGUCUGGGCGAACAUGACCCAAGUAUACCGCUACCAUGCCAGCGUUUUUAUUGCUGGGAUGCUGUUUUUCUGCUACGUAUCUACUUGUCGGGCUCAAGGGAAAGCUGACAUUAGACAUCCACCGAGAAGGACGUUUGCCUCUGUAAUAGCUAUGGUCAGACGAACCUCGAAGACACAAAGCCAU